UGUGCUGACGAGCCGUUGCCUGCGGAAACAGCUGGUGGUUUCUGUCAGCGAACAGUUGAGCGUUUUAGGCAGGAAUAAAAGUUGAAGUUAGGCUCGAAACGGACUGAGGUGGCUUCGGUUUGCCUCCCCGCCGCUCCUGCGCCAGACGCCGGGAAAUGUCAUCCUGUGAACGCCACUUUAUCGCUUAGUUGUUCACGGACGACGUAGCUCCAUAGACCGGUGACGCUCGACGCUGCUAACGCCGGCUAGUUAGCUAACUUUGUUCUCCCAUAGCAACUACCAGGGUUCAGCCAGCGCCGAGAAAGUGACAGCUGUCGGUUGUCUGACAGCGUGGGGCGAGCUUUCUUUUUUGUGUCAUUCCAGCAUGACUCAUGUUCAUUAUAAAUUCUCCUCCAAACUCAGCUACGACACGGUGGUGUUUGACGGCCCGCACAUCACGCUGAAGGACCUGAAGAGGCAGAUCAUGGGCAGGGAGAAGCUGCGAGCCGGGGACUGCGACCUGCAGAUCACCAACGCACAAACCAAGGAAGAGUACACAGAUGAAGAAGGUCUGAUACCCAAAGGCUCCUCUGUCAUCGUCAGGAGGAUCCCCAACAGCGGAGUCAAGUCCGGCUCACACAGCAAGACCCGAAACACUGAGCGAUCAGAGGGCCAGCAUCACCACGCUUUUGGAGCCUACAAAGCAAUGGAGGAGCAGAGUUCUACCAGAGCCUUACCCCUUUUUUCCAAGAUGGCCAACCUGGCAGAUGCGGACGUGUCGGAGGAGGAUAAGAUUAAAGUUGUGUUAAAUCAGUCCAUCUACGAAUCCAUGAAUUACAACAAGAAGUUUGGUGCUGUUCUUCCAUCGAACUACACCUGUUACCGCUGUGGAACUACAGGACACCACAUCAGGAACUGCCCCGCUACCGGAGUAAGACCAGAACAUGAUAAAAACUUCGAGGCCCUUCCGAGAUUGAAGAAAAGCACAGGCAUCCCUCGUUCCUUCUUGCUGGAGGUGGACGAUCCAAGCAUAAAGGGAGCCAUGCUGACCAACUCUGGACAUUACGCCAUUCCUGCCAUACACGCUAAGGCGUACGCCAUUGGCAAGAAGGAGAAGCCUCCAUUCAUUCCUCAGGAGCAGCUAGAACCAGAAGGCGAGGAGGAUCCUGUCCCCACCGAACUCCUCUGUCUCAUCUGUCACGACCUGCUGAGUGAUGCUGUGGUCAUACCCUGCUGUGGAAACAGCUACUGUGACGACUGUAUUCGCACUGCUUUGCUGGAUUCAGAGGACCAUAUGUGCUCCACUUGUGGCAAGUCAGAUGUCUCCCCUGAUACCUUGAUACCCAAUAAAUUUCUCCGGCAGGCUGUGAACACUUUCAAGAAAGAGCAAGGUCAAUCUAAAAGAGGAAAGUGUGGUAGCUCCCAAUCCCAAAACCCAACCCCGACGCCGAGCCCUGUCCCCACCCCGCCGCCUCCAACCAUGCAGAUCCAACCACAGAAGCCUUACCAGUCGACCCACAGCCAGCAGGAUCCUCUCCUCUACUGCGCACAGACUGCAGACACACCAUCAUCGUCUCAGGUGUGUGAGGCGCCUCCCACAGCAUCAGGCCCCGCCCCUGCUCCUGACACGCCAAGCACAUUCCUCCAGCCUGCGCAAGGCCACCUGGAGGUAUCUGACAGGGAGCCUGAAGAGAGGACACAUGAUGACUCAGCGGCUGCUGCACCUUCUGUGCUGGUGUCACAUGAAGAUCCCACUGCUGCUGCAUCACAGCUGAUACCACUGGUUAAACACACUGCGGAGGAACAGCCCCAGACAGUGAAUCCACAGCAGUCCUCCUCAGGUGCAGCCCAGAGAAACCCUGGACCACCAACAAUUUGGGAAAGUGCCUCCUCCUCUUCAGGUUAUCCCCCCACAGCCUGGAGUGAGCUGAACAACCGGCAGCUGCCUCCCUCAUCCUCCUCUUCCUCCUCAUAUCCAGUAGCUCCUCCGCCUCUCUUUCCCUCACCCCUUUUCCACACGUUCCUCGCCACUCAGCCGCCUCACAACCGUUACCCCCCUGGAUACCCACCUGCCACGCCCGUCUGGACCCUCCCGACCCCCCAGGGUGCCCCUAUCCCUUCCCUCUGCUCCUCUGCCUCCAGCUCCUCCAUCCCUACCCUCAUCCCCCAAAACUGGUACAUGCAUCAGAGAAAGAAGAAGGAAAGGUCACCUAACAGAGGAUCUACCUACAGACGCUCCUCGUCUCGCUCAAAGUCUUCAAUGUCCAAAUCUUCCCACUCCUACUCUCGCUCGUCGAGUAAGUCCAGAUCCCGCUCCCGAUCCAGGUCCCAGGGCAGAUCAAGGCCCCACUCACCCUACUCCCGCCACAGAAACCUCCACCCCCGCUCUCAGUCCUCCCACUCCUACAGCUACGGUUACAAGCGCUCCCCUACGCCGUCCUCGUCGUCUUCACCUCGAGUCGGUUACCGUUCAAGGUCCAAGUCCCCCUCAGAUCACCACAAAGCCAGCCAUCACAGUCGGCAUCACAGCAAGAAGUCCACUUCGAGCAGGUACAGCUCCAGGAGGCGAGGUGAACACCCUCAAAAGGAAACAGGAGGCGAGGGGAGAGGUCACCUGUACGCUCAGCCUGCAAAUCAAACCAGAGGUCUGGAGCUGGACAGAGAGCGCUACCUGCAGUGGAAGCAGGCGUACAAAGAGUGGUGUGAGAAAUAUUUCAACAGCUACGUCGGUCACUUCCACCAGCUGCCUCCUCCUCCCCUCCUCGGUCUUCCUCCCUCUCCUCCUCCUCAGUGGGUCGAAAGAGAAGGAAGCAGAAGUCACUCGCGCGCCAACUCGAAAUCACGCAAUCGACUCCAAGGUAGACGGACGGAUGGACGCUCCCCUCCAUCCCAGUCAUCCAGCGACAGCCGCUCCCCUCCAUCUCACUCUUCAAGUGACAGCCGCUCCACGCGAUCUCAGUCGUCGAGCGAAAGUCGCUCCUCUCUGUCUCAUUCGUCCCGCGACAGCCGCUCCCCUCCGUCUCAAUCGUCCUCUGACGGACGCUCCACCCCAUCAGAAGACGGAGUUCCGCCGAGGGCACUUACAAAGGGCAGUGAAGAAGCGGUUUUGCAGGAAAGAAAUACAGAUGACAAGCAGCUAAUUACAAAGAAAUCAGAGAACUUCAGCACCUCAAAACAUGAGCAAUGGAGCGUGAAGAAACAUGAGAAGGAAAGAGGAGAGGUGUCCUCAUCCCCCGAGUCAACGGAUGACUGCAGAAAGGACAAGAAGAGGGACAACUCUGGACCAAGUGCCUACAAGGAUGGCACCCCGGUACGUGACAAAGUCACCGCCAGUGAGGCCUUAGAAUCAGUCCAAACACUCAUGAAACCAGGUAAACAUUUGGAUAAACAAAGAAAAAGCAGAGAGCAAAGAAGUUUGGAAAUGGAUAAAAGAACGAGAAGUGACAAAUACUCUGACUCAAAGCAGGAUGUGGAGAGACGACACAAAGAAAGGCGCAGCAAAGGUGCAGGCAGGGUGGAUACAGACAGGUACAGAAACCCUGAAGGCAGCAGAGCCUCUGACUCACGAUCAGACAAGAACCGAAAAAGAAAAGGAGAGGACGGUCAGAGAAGCUCUGUGAAGGCCCAAAGCAGCAAGUGUCUGAAAACAAAAAUCACAGAGGUCCCAGAGACCCGCAAGAGUGAAUCCCUUAAUCCAAUGGAUGGAAAGAAACAAAACAUAGAGAAGAAGCAGGAGAAGAAGAUGUUGCCUCUGACGGAGCAGGACAUCUGGGAGGGAGGGAUAAAGGUGAAACCACAGAAGAAGAUAAGCAUCAACAUCAACCUGGAUUUAAAAAGGAAGGAAGAGAGCACAGAAAAACUGGACUUGUCUUCUUUCGAGAGCAUCGCAGUAAAAACAAGUGAGGAAAUUGAGACAACUGGUAACGGAGAGAAGUUAAACAGGGGAGCGGCAGAAAUUGAAGUAAAUGAAAAGAAGGAAUCCAGCAGAAAUCGGGAAGGUGAGCCUGAAGAUGAAAUAAAACCAGAAGAAAGAGAGGCAAAACCAGUACUGAAGAAAGAUACCCACAGAGACGAUGAGAGAGAGAUGAAGACAAAAGAGCAUAGUGAGGAGGAGGACUUUGACUUAUGGCAUUAUGCCUUCAGCGGAGCAGAGGAGCAGAAGAAGGAGAGCAAGAAACAGUGGGAGGAACAAGACAGGACGGAGGCCAGCGAAGGACGAGAGCUGUCGAAUGACGAGAGGAGGAGCGCGAGGGAAGGAGCCCAAACAGAACGGAGAGUGUGGAGUGACGGCGGAGGUAGAGAGAUGGAAGAGUCUAUAGCAGGUCCCCAGAAGGAGAAGCAGAGAGCAGAGGGAGGAAACCUGCCAAAGGAGGAGCUGAUGGAGGGAGCAAAGUGGUGGAUGGGGAAAGCAGAAGAAGAAGAAGGCAUGACCAAGCCCAAGUCACAGAGGAGCAGAGACGAGAGCCACCCUCACAGAUCGAACACCGAGCUGGACGAUGGCAGCACAUAUGAGGAUCAUGAGGAGACAAAGACGGUGAUGAAAACUCUGGAGGAGUUCACACAGGACAGAGCUGCUGACAGGGAGGAGGAUCUCACUCUCAAACAGGUCCCUCGCUCCAAAUGGGAGGAGGAAGAGUCUGAGGAAGAAGAGCAGGACCAACCAGAGAUCAAAGUUCAAAAGGAGGCUCUUGCAGUGUUCCUGCUGCCGCUGCCAUCAUCAUCAUCAUCUGUGUCUGUGACAGCAGAGACGCCAACGGACAGGAAGAUGGAGGGAGAGAAAGAACAACAGAGACAUAGAGAAAUAGAGAACGGGAGGGACAGAGGGAGGGGAAGGGAGGGAGAGAAAAACUCCAGAAGUGUGGCUCCCUCUAGUGGCAGAGACAGACCCGACAACACCUCAUUAAUGGAGAGAGGUGGGGAGAGGAGGACAGAGAUGGAGAGACCGAAAGACAGAGAGAGAGGAAGGGAGAGCGAGAGGCCGAGGGACAGGCAGAAAGAGAGCAAACGAUCUAAAGAGAGAACGAGGGAUGAAGGGAGAGGGCGGGACAGGGAGACAGAGAGGGGACAUGGCAGCAGGAAUCUCCCUUCCUCGUCACAUGACAGAGAGAGGAGAGACAGGCACCGGGGGGACGACCAGAGCGGCGACAAGAGCUCCUGGUGUCCCGGCAGGAAAUCCUCCAGCGGCUCGAUAAGCAGAGCCGGCGAACCACCUGACCAAAAUGCACACAGAACAUGUCGAGACACGUUCCCUGAUUGGAAAUGUAAAGACAGGAGCCGUUGCCAAAAUCCCCGAGACACAUCAGGCAACUACAGGCACCAAGACAGGCCUACGGGGACCCGCCACUCCCCUCCUUCCCUCUCCCACAGCUGGGGUAAAGCGCUACCGCCCGAAUCCCCCGGAGGGUCAGAGCUCAGGAAGCCCAGAAUGAGCAGCCCUGGUCGGGAAUUAACGCAGAGCAAGGCAGAAAAGGGGGAAUAUAAGCGAAACAGGGUGGAUAAGGUAGUAAAAGAGGGCAAAGUAGAGGGCGAUGCUGACAAACUGUGCGGAGGGAGAGAGCUGGAGGAGGGGGAGAGGCCCAGCAGCAACAGCGUCAGUACAUCAGCGAGCCAGGAGAGCAGUGACGACGACGACAGUGACAGAGGUAAAGAGCAGAAGAAGAAGCACAGAAAGGAGAAGAGACAAGGCGCCCUGGAGCUCCUGGAGGAAGGAGUGCUGAAGAAACACAAACACAAGAAGGCAAAGAAGAGCAGAGAUGGAGGAGCAGAAGGGAGCAGUGGAGAGGUAGACAACAAGUGGAAAGAGGAGGAGGAAUGUGCCAAGCUCUGCUCACUUAUGUUAUUUUGAGCUACAUGGGGGGGAAAAAAGUUAAAUAUACUUGAAUCAUGUUUUUCCUUUCUCUGUCCUAAAAGUGCCUGCAUUAGUUUUGUGACUUUUUGUUUCCCCAGGAUACUUUUUGUAUCACAUUAUACCACAUACGCAGCAUCCAAAAUGAAAGUGAACAAAUUGUGAAGGAAAAGCACUUUAUUUAUUUAAGAAAAUGAAUGUGAAUAGAAACAAAUUUGAGACUCUUGACCUCUUUGCUUAAUUUAAGGUCAAGGAACUUGCACAUGCUCGGUACUCGCUCAGGACUGCCACCAACUAUGGUUUAUGGACUAAACCUGAAGUUUCACAGCUUGCAUGAUAGAAACCUUUUGACAACAGGUCCGCCGGUAGUUUGAUUUGCCUCACUCAGGAGCACAGGAGUGCAUAAAGAUGAUUUAUGAAAAGAGAAUGAUUAAUAUAUAACUAAUACUGUGAAUAUUUAUGAUUUGAACCUCUGUGUUGUUUUUUUUUCUGUAAAUAUUUGAUUUAAAAACAACUGCUCGGUGGAGAAAUUAUUUACCAGAGGAAAGUUUAAUUUUUCCUGUUUUGAGGGACUAAAAAAAAAGAAACAUCCAUAAAAUGUGCUGUGUUUUUUCCCAGCCCAUUUCUGCCAGUUAAAGAAAGAAAUUAAUAUUAAUAAUAUUCCCACUGUAAGUUAUAGGUAUGAGAUAAAACGUCAUGAUCAUGAAAUAUAUGUUAACUUAUAGCUCAAAAUGAUUUUUAUUUCAUAUUUUCAACUUUUUAUCCAUUUAAGCUGGAGCAGAAAAUUCUAGAGAAAGAAAAUUCUUGAGUUUCAUUCCCAUGUCGUUGAAUACUGAUGCUCUGGGUUGGCAAGAAAUGUCUACUUCACCUUUUUUAUGAUGACGUUUUUUCCCAUAAUUUCAACUUUUGCCCCACCAUUUCCAUUUUGAUUUUCAUCAUUUUGACAUUAUCUCAUAGUUAAGACUUAGCAUGGGCAGAGUGGCAGAAAUAGGCUCACAAACAUCAGCCCACAAGAGCAUUGAAUUGAAACUCUGAGCACCAAAACACUGUGAAAGAUAAAUAGCACAGAAUGCUAACAUGUUAGCAGACUGAUGUGUUUCUCACAGAGCUGCUAGCUGGGGGCCAGAGGUGUUGCAUGGGCCACUUCUUAUGUCCAUCAGAACACAACAUCCGAUGCUAUUAAAAUGCCAUCUGUGAUUAAUGUGUAGCGAAUGAUGUGGACUUCUGCUGUUGAGAUGUGUUUAUGCACGGAUUUCACAGCCUGGGAAAUUCAACAAUUAUUAAAAUCUUUCAACGGCACCAGGAUCUAAUGCUUAAUUUCCUUCUGCGCAUUUUUUUUCCUCAUAAGUGUCCCGCAAGGUUACAUUUAAACUAGACACCCUGUUGUUCAUUAGAGCUUUCAGGACUUUUAUAAUCAAAGGCACAACUCCAAAUACAAUCUGGUCAUGUUUUAUGAAUGGUGAUGAAACAGUCAUUUGUAGAAACAACAAAUGAAUGUGGUUAAGUUAAAAAAACAAUGUUUCCCAUUGAAAUGUAUUCAGAAAUAAAAAACUAUACAGGAGCUUUAAAUUGGGAAUAGACAAAUGUCUGUAGAA